UGGGCAGGGUGGUCCCAGCUGGACACGAGGCGGGAGAGAGUGGGGCGUCGCUCCCUCCGGGCAGAGGGUGCGCGUCCCAUCGCAGGAAUGUCACGUCAUCUGUGGUUGUUGUUGUUGUCGUCGUCGUUGUCGUCGUCGUCCUCGGGGUCUCACUGCUGCUGUUGGUGCGUUCCGGUCCUGCAGGUCAGGAUGUCGAUGUCGCAUCUGUACGGGAAGGAUCAGGAUGAUGACGAUGGCGUGGAGAUGGAGCGGUUUGAGAUCUCAGACUGGGACUUGGAGAACGAGUUUAACCCGGACCGAAUGCGCUACCGGCAGACCAAGGAGGACGCCAUCUACGGGAUAUGGGCUGAGAACGACUCGGACGACGAGAGGCCGAGCUUUGGCGGCAAACGCUCCAAAGAUUAUACUGUCCCAGUGAGCUUCAUCAGUGCCGGCCUUCGUAAACCCGCGGCUGAGGAGAAGGAGGAAGAAGGGGACUCAGAAGACUCUGAGGAAGAGAAAGUCAAACGUGAGGAGUUUCCAAAAGACUUUGCAGCAAGGAGACUGAAAACUGGCGGCUUUUUCAAAUCCAGUUCAAAAGGAUUCACAGGAGGACACAGGACCGGCCAAGAAAUUGGGACCUGGGAGAAACAUACAAGAGGGAUUGGGCAGAAACUGCUGCAGAAGAUGGGUUAUGUCCCUGGGAGAGGCCUGGGAAAAAAUGCACAAGGUAUCGUGGCCCCGAUCGAGGCAAAGAUGAGGAAGGGGAAAGGAGCAAUCGGUGCUUACGGAUCUGAGCGAACUGAGCAGUCGCUCAAGGACUUCCCCGUUGUGGACUCAGACGAAGAAGCCGAUGAGGACUAUCAAAAGGAGAUGAGCCAGUGGCGCAAGGAUCCCACAGGCGGGAAGAAGAAACCCAAGUACUCGUACAAGACGGUGGAGGAGCUGAAGGCAAAGGGAGCCACUGGCAUCGGCAGGAAAAUGACAGUCCCACAGAUGGAGCUCUCACAGGUCAAGGUUAUAGACAUGACUGGAAAGGAGCAGCGGGUCUAUUACAGUUACAAGCAGAUGAACCAGAAGCACGAUAUCCCAGAUGACACACAGCCGCUGCCCAAAGACGCCAAGACCGAGGGCUUCACCCUCCCAGAGCUGGAGCACAACCUGCAGCUGCUGAUAGACAUGACUGAGCAGGAGAUCAUCCAGAACGACCGGCAGCUACAGUACGAGAGAGACAUGGUGGUCAACCUGUCCCACGAGAGUGAGAAACUGUCCGAGGUGCUCACGCACGAGGAGAAGACCAUAGAGAAGCUCAGCCACGUGCUGAAGAUCGUAGAGGACUGCGAGGCCCGACUGCAGAGCGACUGCAAGGACCCCCUGACCCUAGAAGAGUGUGCGAGGAUCUUUGAGAUGCUGCAGGACAAGUACUACGAGGAGUACAAAGUGUUCGACUUGGCAGAGCUGUCCAUCGCCAUCGUGUUCCCAUUGCUCCGAGAGUACUUCAAGGACUGGAAUCCUUUACAGGAUAAUGCGUAUGGCACGGAGCUCAUAAAUAAGUGGAGACGUCUCCUGGAACGGGAUCAGCUACCACAUGGAGGACAGGACCUGCUGUCUUUAGACCCCUACCACAGGUUGAUGUGGGAGAUGUGGAUGCCGUAUGUUCGGAAUGUCGUGUCUCAGUGGCAGCCCCGGAAUUGUGCUCCGAUGGUGGAUUUCCUGGAGAGUUGGCUGCCCGUGAUUCCUCUCUGGAUCCUGGAUAACAUUCUGGAUCAGCUGAUCUUUCCCAAACUACAGCACGAGGUUGAGAGCUGGAACCCACUGACGGAUACAGUCCCAAUCCACGCCUGGAUUCAUCCCUGGCUGCCGCUCAUGCAGAUACGCCUGGAGCCUUUGUACUCGCCCAUCCGCAACAAGCUCGCCAACGCCCUGCAGAAGUGGCAUCCCAGCGACUCCUCCGCUAAACUCAUCCUCCUGCCGUGGAAGGAGGUGUUCACCCCAGGCUCAUGGGAAGCCUUCAUGCUGAAGAACAUCGUCCCAAAGUUAGGGAUGUGUCUGACCGAGUUUGUGAUCAACCCUCACCAGCAACAUAUGGAUACCUUCCACUGGGUGCUGGACUGGGAGGACAUGAUCACUCCGUCAAGCCUCAUCGGAAUCCUCGAGAAACACUUCUUCGCAAAAUGGUUGCAGGUGCUGUGCUCAUGGCUCAGUAACAGCCCCAACUAUGAGGAGAUUACUAAGUGGUACCUGGGCUGGAAAUCCAUGUUCUCUGACCAGGUGUUGGCACAUCCGACCAUCAAGGAGAAGUUCAAUGAGGCCCUGGAUAUCAUGAACAGGGCAGUCACCUCCACAGUGGGCGGAUACAUGCAGCCAGGGGCUCGGGAGAACAUCGCUUACCUCACUCACACUGAGCGCCGCCGUGACUUCCAGUACGAGGCGAUGCAGGAGCGUCGGGAGGCAGAGAGCAUGGCCCACCGUGGCAUCGGGGUCACCUCCACCUCCAUCCCCAUGAACUUCAAGGAUCUGAUCCAGGCCAAAGCUGAGGAGCACAACAUUGUCUUCAUGCCCCUCAUGGGCAAACGGCACGAGGGCAAACAGCUCUACACCUUUGGUAGAAUCAUCAUCUAUAUAGACCGGGGGGUCGUGUUUGUCCAGGGGGAGAAAACCUGGGUUCCCACCUCCCUGCAGAGCCUGAUCGACAUGGCUAAAUAAUGGGACGUUCUGUGUUCUCAUAACAGAGGCUCUGCCACUCCCUCCCUCCCCGUUUCAUUCUGUUGACUGCGUUAGGUGGUGAGCUCUGCGCUAUGGCAUCCGUUCUGCCCCAGGUUCAUCUCAAUGAAGAACCUUAAGUCAUCGUCAUCGCUGAGAAGAUGGAUGACCUUUGUUUUAUAUCUGUAAAAUCGAGCCCAGUGUAAAAAGGGCCGCUCACUGCCCCAUCCCGGUCGCUGGACUAUGAACUGGAGUAAUUGCUGCAAUCUAUGGUUUUUGAGCAAUUGAGCGAGUUUUAUCUAAAACUUCAAACUCCCAAUUGUGAUAUUCUGUCAAACGUCAGUGUUACAUAACUGAGACAGGACACCACAUUCACUCUCCCAAGGAGAAAAAUUCCAUCUGGGUCUAUGUCCUUAUAUGUUGUGUGUUUCGCCCACAAAAUAUACAGUGAAUUCACUUUCAGUACAUUCUGUGAAGCGCUUUGAGACGUCUCGAAGACGUGAUAAGGGGCUAUAUCAAAUGCAAUGAUUAUUAUUAUAGAACUAUAGCAAACCGACUUCAAAGUUAAAGCAAUUUCUCAAAUUCUGGAGUCUUUCUAAAAUGCGACAUAAAUGAAGCACUCCCGGGGUCUGGUUCAUCAAACCACUGAACCACAAAGCCCAAACAACAACAAAAUAAUUACAUUUGUAAAGCGCCUUUCACGUCAGGAGGACGUUCCAAGGCGCUGGACAGACGGUUACGGAUCCGAGCUGGGGGUCAGGCUGGGGGAGGGCGGAGGGCAAGGGGGGAAUAGUCCCAGGUACAAGUUCUGGUCUGUCCUGAAUUAUUUCAUUUCGGGGAAAGUCAUGUUAUUGAUGAAGUACAAUUUUUCUGCUCCCUGGGCUCAGGAGAGUCAAAUCUAGCUCCUGAUCCUCACUGUACUAAAGUGUACAUAUCGUAUUGGGUGAGGAUAAGAUUGGGUCAGGUUGAUUUUCAUCUUUAUUUUCUGCCCUCCGUGGGCAAACUGUGCUGGUGGUGAGAUUAAUUCAUCUAAUAUUUCUUGUGAGUACAGCGAGUAGUGAUUUGUUCCUGUACAACACAUACAGCUCCUGUACGUACAAAGUAAAUAUCUGUGACAAUGGCUUAUUAAAGUGACCAAAGUUUUGACAUUCUGAA